GACUCCGGAGAGUCUCGUGGCGGCGAUGCAUCGGCUCAGCGCGGAAAAAAGACUAACGGGACCUCGGUAGUUCGGGAGAGAAAAGACGGGAUUUAACAUAAAAAUAAGACUUCACCGUGUCCCCAGAGUCCAGGGUGGACUAGUUGUGAUCUACCGGAGGUGUGGAGGACGAGUCUGCGUACUCAAAGUUACUAAAGAACAGCUUUAACUUGCUGAGCGACCAGGAGGCAGAAGGUGAGCAGAGAGGAGUCACACAUCUGCUCUGAUGCUCGGCGUUGUCCGUUAGCUUGAACCGUGAAGCUGAAAGGACACAUCUGUCCUUGCCAGUGUCCCAUCUGCUGUCCUCCAUCUUCAAGAAAAUGAAUCAGUCAGUGGCAAUGCAGAUGUCAGUCACACUCAGUUAAAUGUUAGUACUACUUGAGCAGAUAUCGCUCGGCUGGCCGAAGAGGAAAAAGAAGAAAGGGGCUGCUCAAGGUGCUGGAAGAUGUCUCUCUGGAUGAUACUGCCUGUUAGCCUCCCAGUCCUGACCAUCACUGGGAUAUGGGUUGUGUACGCCAUGGCCCUGUACAAUCAACAUGUCUGCCCUGUGGAUAACUGGUUGUACAACCAGUCAUGUGAAGAGGAUCUGUAUUCGCAGAGUGGGUCAACCUUGUGCUGCACGCUAGACAAUGUACCUCUCAUCAGUAAAUGUGGGACUCUUCCUCCUGAGAGCUGCUUCUUCAGCCUUAUCUGCAGCACAGGCUCAUUCAUGGUUAUGGUGAUUGUGCUGCUCCGCUAUGCCCACGUCAUUGAGAAGCACCAAAAUUGUGUUCUCAACACGGCGAGUCUCUCCACAGGCUGGAUCUGUGCCGCUGGACUCAUCAUGGUGGGCAACUUCCAGGUGGAUAAUGCCAAAGUUCUCCACUAUGUCGGAGCAGGCAUCGCCUUCCCCACCAGUAUGCUGUUUGUGUGCCUGCAGUCAGCACUGACUUACCGACUGGCCAAGACCCAGGGGGAGUACAACGUGGCCCACCUCCGGCUCUGCAUGACCCUGCUGGCCUUCGCAGCCUUGGUGCUCAGCGGUGUGUUUUUCUGUCAGGAGAGCUUCGUCCUUCAACACGCAUCAGCCAUCUUCGAAUGGGUGUUCUGCGUCAUCAUCAUGCUGUUUUACGGGACAUUUGCCUUCGAGUUUGCCGGCAUGUCAUCAGAUACCAUGGUGGUGCUGGCUAGAGGGACCCUAGGACCUGCUGGGAGAGAACACAAGGUGGACGCGCUGGGAUCACUGGGAGGGCCCAUUCUACACUCACAGCCACAUCCACACCAACCUGAACACAUGUCCAUACUGUAGCCUGCCGGCACAUCCCGAUGCCACACAGUUGGCUUGUUUAUUCUAUUCAAACUCUGGCUGUCGAAUGAGUUUAAUUAUUAAUUUCCAGCCACGUUCGUCUGAAGCUUUGAAAUGAACCAGGCCAGUGCAGUCGCCGCUCACGGCAGAGUGGAUUCUACUAUUUCAACCCCGGGGGUGUGGACCUGCUGCCACAGUGGAGAGCUUAGCUUGAAUUGAUCACAUCAGAGCUCGGUGUCUCUAAAGAACUUUUUGUAUUUUGCACAUCGCACAAGUGUGAAACCAAAAUUUCUCCCAACUUGGCAGAGGAGUACUUUGUCAAUCAGAUCAAGAAAAUGUACUGCUCCCCCCUGAGAUCCUGUAACCUGCCUCAAUAAGUGGCCUUGGACCAUUUCCCCUUCAGAUGACUGCCGUGAUGCUUUCAUUGUACGUAGAAGAGUGAAGGCUGCUGGACGGCCGAGCUGCCAGUAUUACAGUAGUGAGACAGAGAGAAAAGCAGAGAGAGAGAGAGAGAGAGAGAGAGAAUAUGGUUUGUGAGUGUUACAGUGGGAGCAAGGUCAUGCCCGCUUUCCCACGAAAGAAUAGAUGAAUGCAAUACAUUUAAAGAAACAGUGUCAAAUGUAGAGUAUAUAAAUGUUUUAGUCAAUCCUGGAGAUAAAACAGGGCAGCGGUCUGCAUUUUGCAAUCAUUUAAACCUGCAUUAAGUGAUAUUUUUGAUAUAAACAAAUCUCAAGACUCCUUCAUAGUACUGAACCCCUGAUAAUUAACACCUUACUCUACAUACUGUAGAUUGUAGCUGCUUUUAGCUGACUGUUUUGGUUAUUGCUAGGGCUGUCAAUCGAUUAAAAUAUUUAAUCGCAAUUAAUC